GUAAAACUAUAAUAUUUAUCGCACAAGGAAUACUUUACAUAUCGCAAUUCACUUCUUCUGCUUCGUUUCAGGUGAUCCGUUCGCUGUUUCGCUUCGAGAAGAACCGAUUACUAGUUGCCUUCGUGUCUCUCUUCUCUACAACGCGUUUAUAGUCGACACGACAACUCUAUAAUUAUCGAGAACAUUCCCCACAAGGCGAAUCGUUUCUAUAUACCUAUGUGUUUCCGCUAUGUGAUAAUAGAUAGCGUUACACUUCUCAAGCGUUCUCGAUAUUACUAGUACUUUUAAUAUUCGUUUCUGCUAUUCUCCGACACAUGGCGCCACUCUUAACGGCGUUACAUUAAUCAUAUUUUAGAUAAUUUAUUUACGAUAUGAACUGAAAUAUCUGCUUAUGCUUAAUGCUGUAAAUUUCAACUAAACUUUAAACGGAUAUUGAUUUAAAAAUUGACACGUUGAACGCUACAUGAAAAAUAGAGUAUUUUCAUUCAGGCCACGGGGCUUACCGGUAUGCGUUAUCUUACUGAGCUGUUCGGGCAAUGAUGGUCACCCGUGAGAUACGUGAGGGUUCUAAAGUAAACACUUCCUACAACAAGCCUUAGAUUGCAACUAUCAAACAAAACGCGCAUGGAAGUGAGCCCCGUGGCCCUUUAGCUGAACCGAACGCCUAGGUUUUCAAAUCGAAUAGAAAGUUGUAGUUCUUAUCAAGAUUAUGGCCUUUUAAAAUAACUUAAAAACUAGACGAUAAAAGUCGCUAAUUUUUAUCUUCCGAGCAAAUGAUCUCGGUUAAUGAUAAAUAUUACUGAUUCCCUUGAUUUUGGCUUGGCCUGAUUGGUAUAUAGUACACUCUAGGCCCACCGGUGGGCGGCAUGGCGUUCAACGUGUUAAUCAAAUCAAAUGUUGUUGCUCUAGACCCAGACCUCGUGUGACUAGGUCUAUGUUUACUGAAAAAUAAAGUUCACUUCACCAAGAGUGACAAAAAAGUGUUAUCAGAACGCGUUCACAUAUCCAGUUACAUCAAAUUUUAUAAAAUAAUGAUGAUAUUAUAUUCUUUGGAUGUCAGUGUUGCAAAUGUAACCCUUUGAAAUAUUUAUUCGUACAUACUUUGUAUACUUGUACACAUUUAAUAAUGGUAAAAAUUUACAUAUAAAUACAUUAUAAUUACCUACCUAGUUAACGGGUCAGUAACAAAAUAGAAGAUCAAAAAACUUUUUUUAUCAUAUUUUAGCUUAAUAAUCAUACAUACAAACAAUAGGAUUACACAUAUUGCUAAAUAUGCCAAAUAUCUGAAGGCGUUUUCAAUCAUCAAUGAUAAAUCACAAAUAAUUAGAAGAUAACGAAGAUAACUAUCAUUUGUUUGAAGCUUUAAUUCUAAUAUUUUCCCUGGUCAAUUGAAAGUCGAAAUUAAUGAAGUUUUUCGUUUACUCUAAUAUUGAAAGCUACCUCUCUCUAUAUCUACCUACACAACUGCUUCAGUCAAAUGCAAAUUCAAAUCAAUCCAUCCGGAUUUAAUAGCCUCGCAUUGCUUGUUCAGUGUCGUAUAGAUAAAGUACAUUAAAACACAUCACAUGGAAAUGCCGCCUAACUAAUGUAAUCCUUAGAGUUCUGCAAUUUUUACUAGGAUACUUACAUUGAACGGAUUUAUAACACAUUGAGCGUGGGGUUGAGGCACGCGUGCGCCCUAUGUUUCUACCAUUCGGGUUGCUAGACGGCUUCAUCGUCGAAUUAUAGUGGAAAUUUUGAGAAGAACAGAGUUGCUUAUUCAAUUUAAAGUACGCUUAACGCAUCCGUUUUAGUACUGUUUGUUUUAGAAACUUAUUAUUUAAUUUUAUCUCUUUAUACUGACAAUUUCUUUUACUUGAAGUAUGUUAGUUCCGAUUAGUUCCGAAGAGUUAUUUUGACGUCGUGUUCGUUGUAGUAAUGAUCAUAUGGUAUCAUGCAACCCGAAGUUUGAAGGAGAAGUGUUGUCAGUCGAACAUUGAGAGUUCCCUGUUCCGCAGCCGCCAGUCUGGGGGAAGGCGUCGUGUUGUGAGUGUUGUGACGCGGGCCUUCGUCACAGUUAGUGGUAUGGCGCUUCGGUCCCAGGCUGUGAUGACUCAGUAGUCAGUAGCGUGGCGCGCGUGUUAGCGGCCGCUUUUCGUCCAGUGCCCAUGUGAUAUUAAUGUCGGCACGAUGAAGUGGAGAGCGCGCGCGAUAUCUUCUCGCGCCAAAGAACGCGCCAAUAUCAGUUUCUUCAUCUUCAUCAUGUUCUUUGCGGUGUUCGGUGUCAUAGUGCUUACUGAAUUGUUACUCCUGGAGCGACCCAACGAACCCGCUCGGACUCGCUACAAUGAAGACAUGCAGACCUGGCAAGGUCGAACGGAAACGGGGUCAGAGGGCGGCGAGCCACUACCGCCAGCGAACAUACCCAUUGAUGCAGUUUGGCAACCAGUCGCCGGUACUAGAUUUCGGUUUUACGUUUAUUCGGCUUACGUGGAACGUCGGACGGUAGCCGCGGUGCGAAUAAUCGCAGCGACAAAAACGCGCGGAGCCGACCCCGUCAUCUGCCGCUUGUGGCUCCCCGACAACCGCACGCUGACGCUCAAGGCCCGCGUCAAGGCUAUAAGAGAAAAUUGGAAUUUAAAAUACAGUGCAACGUACGUUCUGUGUUUGCUGAAAGAUUCCGGUGUGAAGCCACAAGAGACAGUCGGCGGAUCCAUAUCAGUCAUCGCAAGUGCUUCACCAAAUCGACCGCCGACUAACCUGCUCACGAUUCUCGACACAGAACCACAAACUGGAAUUGAGGAAACACUGCACAUCUGCGUGAAGCCGUUCCAUUAUUCGUACGCGCGGGACGAAUGGCUUGUCGAAUGGUUCGAAUUCAAUCGUUUGCUGGGGGCCAGUCACUUUUACAUGUACAACGAGUCCCUGAGCGCUCCGGUCGGGUGUCUGCUCGACUACUACAGGAAACAGGGCCUUAUCACUCUGUUGCCUUGGAAACUGCCGAUUGUAUCCAAAGCUGAAAUUCGGACGGAAGGUCAGUUCGCGGCGUUCAACGACUGCCUGUACCGGUCGAUGUCGUCAGCGGGAUGGCUGCUCGUCAUAGACGUGGACGAAGUCGUGUUGCCGCACCGCGAGCGCACGCUCCUGGCGCUGCUGACGUCACUCCGAGCCUCUUAUAAUCCACCAUCGAAGGCACCAUCCGCCUUUCUGUUCCGGAAUGCAUUCUUCUAUUUGCGCUGGGAGGACGACAAGGAGGCGACGGCGCCGCUUACGACGGCUCGCAAGACGCGCCGCUGGGCGACGCCGCACGCGCUCAAAAACCGCAGCAAGUACGCGCUCCGGCCGCGCGACGCCGUCGAGCUCGGGAACCACUUCCUGUGGGAGCUCGCGCCGGGGGCCAGCUCCGUCGGCGUGCCCACCGACAGGGCCUUGCUCCACCACUAUAGGAUCGCAUGCGAAUUCGGCGGCAUGAACUGUCUGACGGUCCCGUCCACCGUGGACCGAACCGCGCACCGGUGGACCGACGAGCUCCAACAGAGGAUAAACACCGAGAGGAAAAGCUUAACCAUCGCCUGCCCUACUUUGGUCUUGAGAUCGACUACAUGAAAAAUACAUUAUAUCCGAGAAUUACGGCUACCGUCUACCACACUAAAAUCAUCGCUGAAUUAAAAUUAAAAAGAACUCGUAACAUAAUAUUACACCAAACUAUGUAUAAUAUUAAAAC